ACCGAUCGGGGUCUGCGAUUAAUAUCUUCCCUAGAAAGGAAAGGGGUAGUUAAAUCCGAUAAUUUACGAUCAAUUCAUUCCAUAUUUUCUUUUUUAGAGGACAACUUUUCACAUUUAAAUUAUGUAUUAGAUAUACUAAUACCUUACCCAGCUCAUCUGGAAAUCUUGGUUCAGGCUCUUCGCUAUUGGAUCAAAGAUGCUUCCUCUUUGCAUUUAUUAAGAUUCUUUCUCCAUGAGUGUCAUAAUUGGGAUAGUCUUAUUACUUCAAAUUCAAAGAAAGCCAGUUCUUUUUUUUCAAAAAGAAAUCACAGACUAUUCUUCUUCCUAUAUACUUCUUAUGUAUGUGAAUAUGAAUCUGGCUUCCUAUUUCUCCGUAACCAAUCUUCUCACUUACGAUCAACAUCUUCUGGAGCCCUUAUUGAACGAAUAUAUUUCUAUGGAAAAAUAGAGCAUCUUGCAGAAGUCUUUGCCAGGACUUUUCAAGCGAAUUUAUGGUUCUUCAAAGAUUCUUUCAUGCAUUAUGUUAGGUAUCAAGGAAAAUCAAUUCUUGCUUCAAAAGGGACGUUUCUUUUGAUGAAUAAAAGGAAAGAUUACUUUUUCAAUUUCUGGAAAUCUUAUUUUUACCUGUGGUCUUAUCCAGGAAGGAUUUCUAUAAACCAAUUAUCCAAUCAUUCCCUUGACUUUCUGGGUUAUCGUUCAAGUGUGCGUCUAAAGCCAUAUUCAAUCAUUUCAUAA